CCAGUCUAUCCUUUUUAUCUCGGGACUCACAGCAGUCUGAUCACUAUGGGGAAGCGAAGUGGUGGAGCACAGCCAUGCGGACGAUAGUCCUUUACAUGAGAGACAAAAAGUAAGUCUGUUUGUUUUAAGCGAGGCGCAAACUGGGCGCACAGGCACACUGCGUAUGCGUAAAAGUGGACCAGGAUGUUCCUCGUUCUGCUCCUGGGGCUCUGCGUAGCCACGCUGGAACUUUUCUCCCCAGUGAGCUCAUGUCCUUCACAGUGCAGCUGUUUUUACCAUAACUUGAGUGACGGAUCCAAGGCCAGAAGCGUGAUAUGCAAUGAUCCCGACAUGUCGCUUGUGCCAGUCGGGUUCCCCUUUGACACAUCCAAACUGCGGAUCGAGAAAACAGCCAUCCAGCAGAUACCAAGUGAAGCAUUUAGCUACCUCUCCAGUCUGGAAUUCCUCUGGAUGUCUUUCAACACCCUGUCCGAUCUGAGCCCGGAAAGCUUUCGGGGACUGUUCAACCUGGAAGAGCUUCGUCUGGACGGUAAUGCCCUCACUGCCUUUCCCUGGGAGUCUCUCAUGGAUACGCCCAGCCUCAGACUUCUUGAUUUGCACAACAACCAGCUCACAUCACUGCCCGGGGAAGCAACCACUUAUAUAAAGAACCUCACCUACCUCGAUCUUUCCAGCAACAGCCUGAUGACCCUGCCAAUGGAGGUGCUGACCAACUGGCUGGCAGUGAAGCCCACGCAAGGUCCAGAGAGCUCCAAGAUGAUACUUGGUCUCCAUGACAACCCCUGGGUGUGUGACUGCCGGCUCUAUGAUCUGGUCCAGUUUCAGAAGUCUCCCACACUUUCUGUGGCAUUUAUUGACACAAGGCUACGAUGUUCAGCACCAGAGAGCCUCUCGGGAGUCUUGUUCAGCGAUGUAGAGCUUCGCCAAUGUCAGCUCCCACGUAUCCACACGGCAGUGGCACGAGUCAGGAGUGCUGUUGGGAACAAUGUUCUGCUCCGCUGUGGGACCAUUGGAGUACCAGUACCAGAUCUGACGUGGCGCAGGGCUGAUGGACAAAUGCUUAAUGGAACAGUCCAACAGGAAACAUCAAAGGAAGGAAUCACUUGGUCCAUCCUCAGUGUUCCUGCUGUGUCCCAUCAUGAUUCGGGGAAAUUCAUCUGCAAGGCAUCAAAUUAUGCUGGGAAUGCAGAGGCUGUAAUUUCUCUCGUUGUGUCUAACCCACCAAAAUCAGAUGGAAAUCUGACAAACACAGACAAAAAGGUCAAAGUCAAGAAGCCAAACCCAGUGGGUAAAGCAGCGUACCAGGAGAAACUAGUGGCCAGAUAUGUAGUUCCAACCUCCACCUCAUCAUCUUUUGCCCAAAUGGAUUCUGACAUAUUACCUGCUCCAGACCCUGAUCCUGAACAGGUCAGUUACACCUCAACUGAUGGAGCCAGCCCGGAUUCCUUCGCUUCCCCGAACGCAGAUGCACUGCUAGAUCUAGAAAAGACUAAUCUUAGUAACCUAGCAGCCAACACUUCAUCCUUACAGCAGGACCCUGACAGAGUGGUCCGUUCUGUGAAAGUUGUGGGUGAUACGGACAAUACAAUAUCUCUGAACUGGAGGGCACCUAAAGCAAAGAACACAACUGCCUUCAGUGUGCUGUAUGCUGUGUUUGGAGAGCGGGACAUGAGAAAGAUCAAUGUUGGAGCGGGGCAAACCCGUGUUACUAUAGAUGGGUUGGUGCCCAGGACAAAAUACAUUGCCUGCGUGUGCGUUAAAGGACUCAUUCCAAGGAAGGAACAGUGUGUGAUAUUUUCCACUGAUGAAGCUGCCAGUGCAACAGGUACCCAAAAGCUGAUCAAUGUGAUUGUGAUCACUGUGGCCUGUGUCAUUGCAGUCCCACUCACCGUGAUAGUCUGUUGUGGGGCAUUGAAGAGGCGCAUCAAAAAAUAUUGGGGAAAGAAAUCUAAAGACAUCCAAGACUCAUACGUGACUUUUGAAACGUUAUCCCCUGGCACGAAGGCCAAAGGGCUUGAGGCUGAGUACUUAAACAGACUGAACCAAGAGGAGUCGAACAGGCUGCUGUCCGCCCGCUCAAGUUUGGACUCAGAGUCAACAGCAAAGAUCGAAGGACAGCCUAACGAGUACUUCUGCUGACGUCAUGCUCCAGCUCCGGCUCCUGCUCCACGCCAUCUGCCUCGCACUCACCCACAUCUGCACAAUAAUCCAAAGGCCAAUGCCCAUCUGGACCACUCUUAUCACCGCCCAAAUCUCCACACAGGCCCAUAUCCCCAGCAAUACCCCUACUCUCAUUCUAUACAACAUCCUGACGUCAGUCCCCCUCCCACACAAUCCCAAAUACUCACAGCGUGGGAUUCCCCUCCACCGGUUCCUCCUCGCUGGAUAAUGCCACCAACUCCACCACCACAGAGACCCAGCUUUUGUCAAAGGACAUUUGCACGCUGCACAGUAAUGGAAAUCUCAGUUUAAAAAAAUUGGACAGUUCUAAAAAUUCAGCUUUUCUUGCAAAAGCUCAGAAUACUGUUAUGAAGCCAUCUAUUCAUUAAUAGAUACAAUUACUUUUACAUCUAGAAUGAUGUUUGCAUCACUAAGUAUUUAAGGAGAAAAAGUAACAUUUGAAGUCACAAGCAUGACCCAGCAAUACAGCUUUUUCAAGCUAAACUGAAAUAAAAAGGGAAGACAAUGGCACAGACUCCAUUGUUUAUAUGUAUCUGUAUGAUUAUGUAAAUAGCUACUGAACAUUGUACAUUUACAGUUCUGUGCCUCUGUAUGUAUCUAUCAUAAGUUCACAGAGAAGAUAUGCACAUAGGCAUGGUUUCACACUGGUAAAAGAGGGCAGCUGGAGCUGGAGAGAAGUACAAAAAGGACUGAACCAGGACAAAAUACGAUGGAGAUGGAAAGUUUAAACACUUUAUCCCCCAACGAUGGAAAGAUAAAAAUCUUUGUAGCCAUUUAGAGGCACCAUUACCCUUAUCUGAUGUAGAGUUGCUCAUUCUAAUCAUACCAACCAAGAUUGUUAAAUAAAGUUUUAUAUAAAUGUAUCUGACAAUGUGUG